AUGUCCAACCGUACCGUCGACUACAGUAAGACGGUUAGCUACAGUAACCACGGCGACGUGGUUACGGUAACUGAGACUUUUGUGGAGCACCGUAGUACUCAUCGAGUCGUGAGAACUAUUAAUGGGUCAGCGGUAGUUGUGGAAUCCAAUCCGGUGAUGGUAAAUGAAGGUUCUGGAGAUUUUGAACUGAACUAUGCGGAAUACAUGAAAGAUGACGAAGACGAGGUGACACCCGAUGGGAAAGAAGUGGCUGUGAGCAAGGCGCCGAAGACCCGAGCAAAUCACGGAUUGGGGUGUCGGAUGAAGGGUCUUUUCGACGGAUUCGGCGGUCGCGACAUCAAAAACAUCAUGCGUCACAUACGUCGUCGUCACAAGCACAGCGGAGAGGCUCUAACCAACUUCAUGCUGUCCGGAGACAUGGAAAAAGUCGUCGACCGUCACGUCCGCGAUUUCGUCCAUCAUUUUGGGCGGAUCAAUCCGGAAAACGGGCGGAUUAUGGGCGCGAUUCGGGGAAACGACUUUUUCAAUUUCGGGGGCCUUCAUAAUAAUUUGGGAAACACUGGAAAAGUGUAUUUGGAUAAAAUGAUCAGUGGGAAGUGUGGGAAGAAAAGGAAGAUUCAUAAGUUUAAGCCGGUGGUACAGGAGUUGGACUUUGGUGGGAAGCCUUUGGGGCCUCCAGGGGUGAAACCGGCGCCCGCGGCGCCCGUGGCGCCCGCCACGCCCACCGUGAAGCCAGUGGCGCCAAAACCUACCGUAACCAGCCCCACGUCCCCUGACGAGCACGUCUACUCCACUGCCACGGAUUACGGUCUCGACUUCGAGACCGAACGUGAAAAAUGUCUGCGUAACAAGACGCUUUUUGAGGAUCCUGAAUUCCCGGCCACUGCCGCAUCUCUCUACUACCGUACCCCACCACGGGAGAGAAUUAUCUGGAAACGACCUGGGGAGAUCAUUGCAAAUCCACAGCUGAUUACUCAAGGCGAGUCGAGAUUCGAUGUGAAGCAGGGAGCACUUGGUGACUGUUGGUUCUUGGCGGCAUUGGCGAAUAUUACGCUGUAUGACGCGUUGUUCUAUCGAAUUGUGCCCCCGAAUCAGAGUUUUACGGAGAAUUAUGCGGGGAUCUUCCACUUCCAAUUCUGGCACUACGGUAAGUGGGUCGACGUGGUUGUCGACGACCGUCUCCCGACUGUCAACAACAAGUUGUACUAUCUCCAUUCGGCGGAUAACACCGAAUUCUGGAGUGCUCUCGUUGAGAAGGCGUACGCGAAGCUACACGGAGGAUACGAGAAUUUGGACGGUGGAACGACGGCCGAGGCGUUGGAAGAUUUCACGGGCGGUCUCACUGAGUACUUCGAUUUGCGGAAAAGUGAUAAGGCUACUGUAUUGGCGGCGUUGGUGAAGGGAAUGGAGAUGGGAUCGUUGUUUGGGUGCUCUAUUGAUGCCGACGCGAACAUCAAAGAGGCUCAACUGCGCAACGGACUUGUGUGCGGUCACGCCUACAGUAUCACUGCUAUCCACAGUAUCCAAUAUUACGGCCAGGACUUGACACUAAUGAGACUACGGAAUCCAUGGGGAAAUGAGAAGGAAUGGAACGGCGCGUGGAGUGAUGGGUCCCCGGAAUGGUCGAAAAUCGACGAGGCCACAAAAAAACAGAUCGAUGUACAAUUCGCGAGAGACGGCGAGUUUUGGAUGUCAUUUGAGGACUUUUUCGCGAAUUUCACCCAAAUGGAAGCAUGCAAUCUGACUGCUGAAAUAUUCGAUGAGAUCGCUGAAAUGACUGGAGUCAAUCGGGCGACUGAGACGUCGCCAGAAGAGGAACAUCAAUGGCAUGAAGUGAUGGAGGACGGCGAGUGGAGUUCCAAAAAAGGCACCGCAGGCGGCUGCAACAACAACCCAUCCACCUACCCUAAGAAUCCACAGUACUCAACCUACUUCUCCGCGCCGGCGUCGUCAAUCGAAGAAGACGGAAACGUUACAGUAAUCGUGGCGGUUCUUCAGAAAAACCGCCGGGAGCUCCGAUCCAAGGGUAAAGAUUUAUUGCCGAUCGGAGUGUCCAUUUACUCUGCCACUGGGGCUCGGAGCCCUCUAACCGCCCAAUUUUUCGCUCAAAAUCGUCCGAUCGCUCGGACUACUGUAUUCGUGAACACCCGUGAGGUUACUGUACGUUUCCGUGUGCCUCCUGGAGAAUAUGUCAUUGUUCCGUGCACUUUUGACGCUUAUGAUGAUGCUAAGUUCCUUUUGAGAUGCUAUGCAAAUGGAACACUGAAAUCGAGGUAG